CGACCCAGUCACCUGACGCUAUCGAUAAGCCCAGCCAUUCCCCGGAUCUCAGGCAUCCACGAGUGACCUCAGGAACAUCUUCACCACCACAACCACCAUGUAGCCCCCACCACACCAACCAGCCAUGUCUCUACCGAAACACACCUCCCCCGAACCUCUCCCUCUCUCCUCCUCCCCCUCGAAACACUCCAUCCGCCGCACCUCCGGCUCCACCCUUCCCUCCCGUCCGCAAAGCAUCAUCGACCGGCCCGCAACCGCCCAACAAGUGACCCUCCCCGAAGAGGAAGGGGAAGAGCAACACCUCCAACAUCAACACCACAAUAACCACCCAGACACCCAGCCCCCCUUCCAACCCUUCUUCACCCUGAUUGAAGACGCCCAUUCUAGCGAAUACCACCACCCAACAAUCCACUACAUCUUCUCCGACGACGACACAGACAUCAUCACCGAAGCCGCCCUGCGCACCCUCGAAUCCGAACCCGACGGCUUCCCCAGAAACAAAUCCCAACCCCAACCUCACGCGCAUCAUGACUCCAAUUCGCGCCCCGGGACAGCAUACGAGGAUCCAGACCCUGACGCUGACGCUGACGACCCCCACCGAAAGGAAUCCCUCCUCCCACAUCCUAUCCCUGGCGUGCGCGACAACUACAUCAUCCUCGAUGUAGACUAUGCUUCGCAGGAGGGUGCAGCUGCAGCAACGGGGGGAACAACGCACCCUGAACCUACCACUACAACCACCGACAAGACACACGAUCCCCACGCCCCCAACACCACCAACCACAACAGCAACCCCAAGACCCGAGCCCCCACCCGCACCCCCCAAAACUCACGAUCACAUCCGCACACAGCCUCUCCCCCUCUUGGCAAGUGCUACACACGCACCUUGGUCCCGCUCCGACAUUCGAGAACGCGAAUUCAUCUUCUGGCGGGGCUGCAGGGGGGAGCGGGGGAAACGGACAAACAGCGAACGGGGGCCUCAUGCUCAAGAUCCAGGGGACGGCGGGUUUGCCGAUGACGAUGCCGGGGAAGGAGAAGGAUCGGGAGAGAGGUGGUAGUGGGCAGCGGCUGGAGGAGAUGAUGGAUCAGUUUGCGAAGCGGCUGGGGGAGUUGAGGCUUGUUAU